AUGGAUUCGGACCCACCAUUCCAUGAAACCUACAAGACCCUUUUCGCCGACAAAGGAUCAUCGACGACGGAUAUAUCUCCGAAAAAUGACCGCAACACCACGGUCGAAGAUCGCGAGCUUCCGUUGAUCGAUCUAAGCCGGUUGGCCCUUGACGACGAGUUGGAGAAGGAAAGAUGCAAGGAAGAGAUAGCAAGGGCUGCAAACGAAUGGGGUUUUUUCCAAGUUAUCAACCAUGGGACCUCGAGAGACAUAUUGGAUAAGAUGAGGGAAGAGCAAGUGAAAGUGUUCAAGCAACCGUUUUACAACAAGUGCAGGGAAGACAAAUUCAUGAAUAUCUCUGCAGGGAGUUACAGUUGGGGAACGCCAACAGCUACUUCGCUUGGGCAAUUUUCAUGGUCCGAAGCUUUCCACGUUCCCAUGACCGAUAUCUCGAGCUCUCGUUCCUUAAAUACCACUUUCACCACAUCUGUGGAACAGUACGCCACAAAAGUUGCCAGUCUUGCUCAGAAGUUGGCCGAAAUUUUGGCAGAGAAAUCAGGUCAUAACUCCACUUUCUUCCAGGAAAAUUCUUUUUUGAGCACCUGCUUUCUCCGACUGAACCGAUACCCGCCGUGCCCCGUCCCAUUGUUCGGCCUAAUGCCACACACAGACAGCGAUUUCCUCACCGUAUUGCACCAAGACCAGAUUGGAGGACUGCAAUUAGUGAAAGAUGGGAAUUGGGUUGCAGUUAAACCUAAUCCAGAAGCUUUAUUCAUCAACAUCGGAGAUUUAUUUCAGGCAUGGAGCAAUGAUUGUUAUAAGAGUGUGCAACAUUGUGUGGUGACUAAUCCAACACAGGAAAGGUUCUCGGCUGCAUAUUUCCUUUGCCCAUCGUAUGAGACAGUGAUAGAGAGUUGCAGCAAGCCCUCGGUUUAUAGAAGUUUUAGCUUUAAGGAAUAUAGACAACAAGUCCAAGAGGAUGUUCAAAACUAUGGUUAUAAAGUAGGGCUUCCAAGGUUUCGUGUAUGAUAUAUAUUAACCAAGUAAAUAUUUAUUGCUUCUUCUAG